AUGCAAAUUAAGGCUCGUAUCUUGCGCGGAGGGAGGCGGGAGUCGGGGGGGCGCUCCCGGGGGCGGCGGUUGCCCGGAUGGGCCGUUAGUCGUAGCUCAGCCGCGGAGCGAGCGAGGGAGACGGGAGGAGCCGAGCCCGGCGCCAUCCGCCGCCAUCCGCCCCCGCCCCACCGCCAUCCCACCCCGGGGAACCCUUAGGCCCCGGUCCCGGAUCCCCGCGAACCCGGCCAGGCUCCGGCACGUUUUGGGGGAGGUGCCUGCAGGACCCAACGUACUCAAUGAGCUUCCAGCGCAAUGUCCGAUCGCUCGGGGCCGACUGCCAAGGGGAAGGAUGGAAAGAAGUAUUCCUCGCUCAACCUGUUUGAUACAUAUAAGGGCAAGUCCUUAGAGAUCCAGAAACCUGCUGUUGCCCCUCGCCAUGGCCUGCAGAGUCUUGGGAAAGUUGCCAUUGCCCGGCGUAUGCCACCCCCAGCUAACCUUCCAAGCCUGAAAGCCGAGAACAAAGGCAAUGACCCCAACGUCUCACUAGUGCCGAAAGACGGAACAGGAUGGGCAAGCAAACAGGAGCAGUCCGACCCCAAGAGUUCCGAUGCCUCAACCGCUCAGCCGCCGGAAUCGCAGCCACUGCCGGCUUCACAGACGCCUGCCUCCAACCAACCGAAACGACCCCCAGCAGCCCCAGAGAACGCUCCUUCGGUUCCAAGCGGGGUAAAGUCCUGGGCACAAGCCAGCGUCACCCAUGGAGCACAUGGAGAUGGUGGAAGGGCAUCAAGCCUACUGUCACGAUUCUCUCGAGAGGAAUUUCCGACCCUGCAGGCGGCUGGCGACCAGGACAAGGCUGCCAAGGAAAGGGAGUCUGCCGAACAGUCGUCUGGGCCCGGACCAAGCCUCCGCCCCCAAAAUUCUACAACUUGGAGGGAUGGAGGUGGGCGUGGCCCCGAUGAGCUGGAAGGCCCAGACUCCAAACUUCAUCAUGGCCAUGAUCCCCGAGGGGGGCUUCAGCCUUCAGACCCACCCCAGUUCCCUCCCUACCGCGGAAUGAUGCCGCCCUUCAUGUACCCCCCAUAUCUCCCAUUUCCUCCGCCCUAUGGACCCCAGGGGCCUUACCGGUACCCAACUCCUGAUGGACCUAGCCGUUUCCCUCGUGCGGCAGGCCCCCGGAGCUCAGGGCCGCCAAUGCGCCUCGUAGAACCUGUGGGUCGUCCUUCCAUUCUUAAAGAGGAUAAUCUCAAAGAGUUUGACCAGUUAGACCAGGAAAAUGAUGAUGGCUGGGCCGGGGCUCAUGAGGAGGUCGACUACACUGAAAAGCUCAAGUUCAGUGAUGAGGAAGAUGGGCGAGAAUCCGAUGAGGAGGGAGCUGAGGGCCACAAGGAGUCCCAGUCAGCUGUUGGUGAGGAGCAGCCCCCUGAAGCAGAUGGCAAAAAGGACAACUCCCCCAGCAACGAACCACCCCCUCCUAAGACAGCCUGGGCAGAGACCUCUCAGCCUCCAGAGACAGAGCCUGGGCCUCCUGCCCCAAAGCCUCCCCAACCCCCACCGCACCGGGGCCCUGCCGGGAACUGGAGCACCCCUGGGGACUACCCAGACCGUGGGGGCCCUCCCUGCAAACCCCCAGCACCGGAAGAUGAGGAUGAGGCAUGGCGGCAGCGGAGGAAGCAGUCAUCAUCUGAGAUUUCACUGGCUGUGGAGCGGGCCCGACGGAGGCGAGAAGAAGAGGAGCGCCGCAUGCAGGAGGAACGCCGGGCAGCCUGUGCUGAGAAGCUCAAGCGACUUGAUGAGAAGUUUGGGGCACCCGACAAGCGGCUCAAAGCAGAGCCUGCUGCCCCUCCUGUCCCAGCUCCACCACUUGCAGUCCCCAAAGAACUCCCCACACCUCCAGCUCCUCCACCAGUACCGGCCCCAACACCAGAAAAAGAGCCGAAAGAGCCAGCACAGGCAGCUCCUGCCCAGUCUGUCCCUGCUGCAGGUGUGGCUCCGGCCCCUGCCCUGGUGAGUGGUGGCGGCAGUGCCAGUAGCGCCAGCAGUGGCAGCUUCGACGCCAGCCCAGUGGAACCCCAGCUGCCCUCAAAAGAGUGUCCUGAACCACUCGAAGAGGUUACUUCUCCUGCCAUACCACCAGCCCCAAAGGUGGAACCCAAGGGUGAUGGGGUUGGUCCCACCCGGCAGCCCCCAAGCCAGGGCUUGGGGUACCCUAAAUACCAGAAGUCAUUGCCACCUCGUUUCCAGCGGCAGCAGCAGGAGCAGCUUUUGAAGCAACAGCAGCAGCAGUGGCAGCAGCAGCAGGGCCCUGCCCCGCCAGCCCCAGUGCCCCCGUCGCCGCCGCAGCCUGUGGCCCUGGGGGCUGUGCCAGCACCACAGGCUCCCCCACCGCCCCCCAAGACCCUGUACCCAGGUGCUCUGGGCCGGCCGCCACCCAUGCCCCCGAUGAACUUUGACCCCCGCUGGAUGAUGAUUCCUCCUUAUGUGGAUCCCCGGCUCCUCCAGGGCCGGCCCCCUCUGGACUUCUAUCCUCCUGGUGUGCACCCCUCUGGUCUGGUUCCCCGGGAGCGCUCAGACAGUGGGGGCUCAAGCUCAGAGCCAUUUGAGCGCCAUGCACCUCCCCUCUUACGGGAUCGGGGCACCCCCCCAGUGGAUCCAAAGUUAGCCUGGGUGGGAGAUGUCUUCACCACCACACCCACUGAUCCCCGCCCGCUCACCUCACCACUGCGCCAGGCUGCUGAGGAGGAUGACAAGGGGAUGAGGAGUGAGACCCCUCCAGUACCUCCCCCACCACCCUAUCUGGCCAGUUAUCCAGGCUUUCCUGAGAAUGGAGCCCCUGGGCCCCCAGUCCCUCGUUUCCCUCUGGAGGAGUCAGCCUCCCCAGGGCCCCGUCCACUCCCCUGGCCCCCAGGCAGUGAUGAGGCAGCCAAGAUACAAGCUCCGCCACCCAAGAAGGAAACCCCCAAGGAGGAGGUUCCACAGCUCAUAGGGCCAGAAGCCAGCCGAAAGCCCACCCGCGGAGUUGGAGGCCAAGGCCCUCCCCCACCUCGCAGAGAAAGCCGCACAGAGACUCGCUGGGGCCCUCGCCCAGGCAGCAGUCGUCGUGGAAUUCCUCCAGAGGACCCAGGGGCUCCUCCCCGCCGGGCUGGGCCUAUAAAGAAACCCCCACCACCAACGAAAGUUGAAGAGCUGCCUCCCAAGCCCCUUGAACAGGGCGAUGAAACCCCCAAGGCCCCAAAGCCAGACCCACUCAGGAUGGCAAAGGGGAAGAUAGGGGGCCCCAAGGACACCCCACCCAGUGGGAAUCUUUCCCCUGCCCCAAGGCUGCGGAGGGACUACUCCUAUGAAAGAGUGGGUCCUACCUCUUGCCGGGGUCGGGGUCGAGGAGAGUAUUUUGCCAGAGGGAGGGGUUUUCGGGGAACCUAUGGGGGUCGGGGUCGGGGAGUCAGAAGCCGAGAAUUCCGCAGUUACCGAGAGUUCCGUGGGGAUGAUGGGCGUGGAGGUGGGGCAGGGAUCCCAAACCAUCCUGCUCCUCGAGGCCGUACUGCCAGUGAAACACGAAGCGAGGGUUCAGAAUAUGAAGAAAUCCCCAAGCGGCGUCGACAGCGUGGCUCAGAAACGGGCAGUGAGACCCAUGAGAGCGAUCUGACCCCCUCAGACAAAGAGGCCCCCCCACCCAAGGAAGGUGUGCUCAACCAGGUCCCUCUUGCCCCUCCACCCUCAGGAGACCCCCCUUCACCAGCCCCAGCCCGCUUUUCCACCACCAGAGGUGGACGAGUCUUCACUCCCAGAGGGGUGCCAUCCCGUAGGGGCCGAGGGGGAGGGCGGCCCCCUCCACCCAUUUGCCCAGGCUGGAGCCCUCCAAACAACCCCUUGGUUCCCAAAAAGCCCCCAAUAGGUCCUUUGCCACCAAGUAAGGAGCCUUUGAAAGAGAAGUUAAUCCCAGGGCCUCUGUCCCCCAUGGCCCGAGGAGGCAGUAAUGUGGGCAUGGGUGUGGAAGAUGGGGAGAGGCCCCGAAGGAGGAGGCAUGGGAGGGCUCAGCAGCAGGACAAACCGCCUCGUUUCCGGAGGCUGAAGCAGGAACGGGAGAAUGCUGCCAGAGGGGCCGAAGGCAAACCCUCUUCCCUAGCCCUUCUAGCCUCUACUGGACCAGAGGAGGCCCUCCCAACAGUGCCCCUACCACCUCGCCGGGCAGCUGCCAAGUCUCCUGAUCUGUCGAACCAAAAUUCAGACCAAGCCAAUGAGGAAUGGGAGACUGCAUCAGAGAGCAGUGACUUCACCAGUGAGCGCCGGGGGGACAAGGAGGCUCCCCCACCAGCACUGCUGACACCCAAAGCUGUGGGAAUUCCUGGGGGCAGUGGAGGUGGAACUGGACCAGGCAUUUCAGCCAUGUCCCGUGGAGAGCUGAGCCAGAGAGCCAAGGAUUUGAGUAAGCGGAGUUUCUCCAGUCAGCGGCCAGGCAUGGACAGGCAGAACCGGCGCCCAGGCCCCGGCAGCAAGACUGGCAGUGGUGGCGGCAGCAGUGGAGGUGGUGGGGGCCCUGGCGGGAGGACUGGCCCAGGGCGAGGGGACAAAAGGAGCUGGCCCUCUCCCAAGAAUCGAAGCCGUCCUCCAGAGGAGCGUGCCCCUGGGCUUCCUCUGCCUCCCCCGCCCCCCAGCAGUUCUGCUGUCUUCCGCCUGGACCAAGUUAUCCACAGCAACCCUGCUGGCAUCCAACAGGCUCUGGCCCAGCUCAGCAGCCGCCAAGGGAGUGCAGCUGCACCAGGGGGACACCCAAGGCUCAAGCCUGGGCCUCCCCAAGCCCCUCAAGGCCCUUCCCCUCGGACCCCAACCCGAUACAACCCUCAGAGAACCAACAACAUGAAUUCGGACCACCACUCUGAGGAGCCAGGGCUGAUGGUGAGGGGGGUGGGCAGGACACCCCUGGACUCUGCUGGGGUUAAUCCCUUCCCCCCCAAACGGCGGGAGCAGCCUCCCAGAAAACCGGAGCUGCUGCAGGAGGAAUCUUUGCCAUCUUCUCACAGCUCUGGAUUCUUGGGCCCCAAGCCUGAGGACCCAGACCCUCAGGGAGAAUCCAGAGAUGCAGGAACAGAGGUCCUAACCCCUCAUAUCUGGAAUCGUUUACAUACUACCACUAACCGAAAGAGUUACCAGCCUGGCUCCAUGGAGCCCUGGAUGGAGCCCUUGAGUCCUUUUGAAGAUGUGGCUGGUACAGAGAUGAGUCAGUCUGACAGUGGGGUGGACCUGAGUGGAGAUUCUCAGGUGUCAUCAGGUCCCUGCAGCCAGCGAAGUUCCCCUGAUGGAGGACUCAAGGGGGCAGCAGAGGGGACCCCCAAACGGCCUGGAGGCCCCUCACUUCUGAAUGCUGUUCCUGGUGAGGGUCCAUCUGGCUCUGAACCUCCUAGGAGACGGCCACCUGCCUCCCACAAUGGGGACAGAAAGGAGCUGUCCCGGGAGCAGCCUCUGCCCCCUGACCCCAUUGGCACAGAACGAUUGCAGCGUACAGACCGAGGCUCAGAACCUGGCUCCCUCCGACCGUCUCAUCGAGCUGGCCCCCCAGUCCAGUUUGGCACCAGUGACAAGGACUCAGACUUGUGCCUAGUGGUAGGAGACAGUUUAAAAGCAGAGAAGGAGCUCACAGCAUCAGUCACUGAGGCCAUUCCCAUAUCACGAGACUGGGAGCUGCUCCCCAGUGCUUCUGCCUCAGUUGAAGCACAGUCCAAAAACCUGGUUUCUGAGCCCUGUGGCCCAGAGCCCAGCUCCUCAGGCCACCGCCUGUACUCUGAGGUCUUCUAUGGCAGCCCUGGGCCCCCAAGCUCUCAAGUCUCAGGGAGAGCCAUAGACUCUCAGUUACAUCCCAACAGUGGAGGCUUCCGCCCUGGGACACCCUCACUGCACCCUUACAGAUCACAGCCCUUGUACCUCCCCCCAGGCCCAGCGCCCCCUUCGGCACUGCUCUCUGGAGUAGCUGUCAAGGGCCAGUUUCUGGAUUUCUCAGCACUGCAAGCAGCAGAACUGGGGAAGUUGCCAGCUGGUGGAGUUCUCUACCCUCCCCCUUCUUUCCUCUACUCUCCAGCUUUCUGCCCCAGCCCUUUGCCUGACCCACCCUUGCUUCAGGUGCGCCAGGAUCUGCCAUCCCCCUCCGAUUUUUAUUCUACUCUACAACCUGGUGGCCAAAAUGGCUUCCUCCCUUCAGGGGCUGCUGCCCAGCAGAUGCUUCUGCCCAUGGUGGACUCACAGCUGUCUGUGGUGAACUUUGGUUCCCUGCCACCAGCACCACCUUCUGCCCCACCCCCCCUUUCUCUGUUGCCUCUGGGCCCUACUCUACAGCCCCCGAGCCUGGCUGUGCGGCCUCCACCUGCUCCUGCUGCUCGGGUGCUGCCUUCACCUGCCAGGCCCUUCCCCCCGAGCUUGGGGCGAGCAGAGCUGCACCCAAUGGAACUAAAGCCGUUCCAGGAUUAUCGAAAACUGAGCAGCAGCCUUGGGGGACCUGGGUCAUCACGUACUCCCCCAGUUGGAAGGUCUUUCUCUGGCCUCAAUACCCGUCUCAAGGCCCCACCUUCCACCUAUGGUGGAGUCUUCCGCACCCAGCGCAUAGACCUCUACCAGCAGGCUUCCCCACCAGAUGCCCUGCGCUGGAUGCCAAAGCCUUGGGAAUGGACACCACCCAAGAAGGAAACCCCCAAGGAGGAGGUUCCACAGCUCAUAGGGCCAGAAGCCAGCCGAAAGCCCACCCGCGGAGUUGGAGGCCAAGGCCCUCCCCCACCUCGCAGAGAAAGCCGCACAGAGACUCGCUGGGGCCCUCGCCCAGGCAGCAGUCGUCGUGGAAUUCCUCCAGAGGACCCAGGGGCUCCUCCCCGCCGGGCUGGGCCUAUAAAGAAACCCCCACCACCAACGAAAGUUGAAGAGCUGCCUCCCAAGCCCCUUGAACAGGGCGAUGAAACCCCCAAGGCCCCAAAGCCAGACCCACUCAGGAUGGCAAAGGGGAAGAUAGGGGGCCCCAAGGACACCCCACCCAGUGGGAAUCUUUCCCCUGCCCCAAGGCUGCGGAGGGACUACUCCUAUGAAAGAGUGGGUCCUACCUCUUGCCGGGGUCGGGGUCGAGGAGAGUAUUUUGCCAGAGGGAGGGGUUUUCGGGGAACCUAUGGGGGUCGGGGUCGGGGAGUCAGAAGCCGAGAAUUCCGCAGUUACCGAGAGUUCCGUGGGGAUGAUGGGCGUGGAGGUGGGGCAGGGAUCCCAAACCAUCCUGCUCCUCGAGGCCGUACUGCCAGUGAAACACGAAGCGAGGGUUCAGAAUAUGAAGAAAUCCCCAAGCGGCGUCGACAGCGUGGCUCAGAAACGGGCAGUGAGACCCAUGAGAGCGAUCUGACCCCCUCAGACAAAGAGGCCCCCCCACCCAAGGAAGGUGUGCUCAACCAGGUCCCUCUUGCCCCUCCACCCUCAGGAGACCCCCCUUCACCAGCCCCAGCCCGCUUUUCCACCACCAGAGGUGGACGAGUCUUCACUCCCAGAGGGGUGCCAUCCCGUAGGGGCCGAGGGGGAGGGCGGCCCCCUCCACCCAUUUGCCCAGGCUGGAGCCCUCCAAACAACCCCUUGGUUCCCAAAAAGCCCCCAAUAGGUCCUUUGCCACCAAGUAAGGAGCCUUUGAAAGAGAAGUUAAUCCCAGGGCCUCUGUCCCCCAUGGCCCGAGGAGGCAGUAAUGUGGGCAUGGGUGUGGAAGAUGGGGAGAGGCCCCGAAGGAGGAGGCAUGGGAGGGCUCAGCAGCAGGACAAACCGCCUCGUUUCCGGAGGCUGAAGCAGGAACGGGAGAAUGCUGCCAGAGGGGCCGAAGGCAAACCCUCUUCCCUAGCCCUUCUAGCCUCUACUGGACCAGAGGAGGCCCUCCCAACAGUGCCCCUACCACCUCGCCGGGCAGCUGCCAAGUCUCCUGAUCUGUCGAACCAAAAUUCAGACCAAGCCAAUGAGGAAUGGGAGACUGCAUCAGAGAGCAGUGACUUCACCAGUGAGCGCCGGGGGGACAAGGAGGCUCCCCCACCAGCACUGCUGACACCCAAAGCUGUGGGAAUUCCUGGGGGCAGUGGAGGUGGAACUGGACCAGGCAUUUCAGCCAUGUCCCGUGGAGAGCUGAGCCAGAGAGCCAAGGAUUUGAGUAAGCGGAGUUUCUCCAGUCAGCGGCCAGGCAUGGACAGGCAGAACCGGCGCCCAGGCCCCGGCAGCAAGACUGGCAGUGGUGGCGGCAGCAGUGGAGGUGGUGGGGGCCCUGGCGGGAGGACUGGCCCAGGGCGAGGGGACAAAAGGAGCUGGCCCUCUCCCAAGAAUCGAAGCCGUCCUCCAGAGGAGCGUGCCCCUGGGCUUCCUCUGCCUCCCCCGCCCCCCAGCAGUUCUGCUGUCUUCCGCCUGGACCAAGUUAUCCACAGCAACCCUGCUGGCAUCCAACAGGCUCUGGCCCAGCUCAGCAGCCGCCAAGGGAGUGCAGCUGCACCAGGGGGACACCCAAGGCUCAAGCCUGGGCCUCCCCAAGCCCCUCAAGGCCCUUCCCCUCGGACCCCAACCCGAUACAACCCUCAGAGAACCAACAACAUGAAUUCGGACCACCACUCUGAGGAGCCAGGGCUGAUGGUGAGGGGGGUGGGCAGGACACCCCUGGACUCUGCUGGGGUUAAUCCCUUCCCCCCCAAACGGCGGGAGCAGCCUCCCAGAAAACCGGAGCUGCUGCAGGAGGAAUCUUUGCCAUCUUCUCACAGCUCUGGAUUCUUGGGCCCCAAGCCUGAGGACCCAGACCCUCAGGGAGAAUCCAGAGAUGCAGGAACAGAGGUCCUAACCCCUCAUAUCUGGAAUCGUUUACAUACUACCACUAACCGAAAGAGUUACCAGCCUGGCUCCAUGGAGCCCUGGAUGGAGCCCUUGAGUCCUUUUGAAGAUGUGGCUGGUACAGAGAUGAGUCAGUCUGACAGUGGGGUGGACCUGAGUGGAGAUUCUCAGGUGUCAUCAGGUCCCUGCAGCCAGCGAAGUUCCCCUGAUGGAGGACUCAAGGGGGCAGCAGAGGGGACCCCCAAACGGCCUGGAGGCCCCUCACUUCUGAAUGCUGUUCCUGGUGAGGGUCCAUCUGGCUCUGAACCUCCUAGGAGACGGCCACCUGCCUCCCACAAUGGGGACAGAAAGGAGCUGUCCCGGGAGCAGCCUCUGCCCCCUGACCCCAUUGGCACAGAACGAUUGCAGCGUACAGACCGAGGCUCAGAACCUGGCUCCCUCCGACCGUCUCAUCGAGCUGGCCCCCCAGUCCAGUUUGGCACCAGUGACAAGGACUCAGACUUGUGCCUAGUGGUAGGAGACAGUUUAAAAGCAGAGAAGGAGCUCACAGCAUCAGUCACUGAGGCCAUUCCCAUAUCACGAGACUGGGAGCUGCUCCCCAGUGCUUCUGCCUCAGUUGAAGCACAGUCCAAAAACCUGGUUUCUGAGCCCUGUGGCCCAGAGCCCAGCUCCUCAGGCCACCGCCUGUACUCUGAGGUCUUCUAUGGCAGCCCUGGGCCCCCAAGCUCUCAAGUCUCAGGGAGAGCCAUAGACUCUCAGUUACAUCCCAACAGUGGAGGCUUCCGCCCUGGGACACCCUCACUGCACCCUUACAGAUCACAGCCCUUGUACCUCCCCCCAGGCCCAGCGCCCCCUUCGGCACUGCUCUCUGGAGUAGCUGUCAAGGGCCAGUUUCUGGAUUUCUCAGCACUGCAAGCAGCAGAACUGGGGAAGUUGCCAGCUGGUGGAGUUCUCUACCCUCCCCCUUCUUUCCUCUACUCUCCAGCUUUCUGCCCCAGCCCUUUGCCUGACCCACCCUUGCUUCAGGUGCGCCAGGAUCUGCCAUCCCCCUCCGAUUUUUAUUCUACUCUACAACCUGGUGGCCAAAAUGGCUUCCUCCCUUCAGGGGCUGCUGCCCAGCAGAUGCUUCUGCCCAUGGUGGACUCACAGCUGUCUGUGGUGAACUUUGGUUCCCUGCCACCAGCACCACCUUCUGCCCCACCCCCCCUUUCUCUGUUGCCUCUGGGCCCUACUCUACAGCCCCCGAGCCUGGCUGUGCGGCCUCCACCUGCUCCUGCUGCUCGGGUGCUGCCUUCACCUGCCAGGCCCUUCCCCCCGAGCUUGGGGCGAGCAGAGCUGCACCCAAUGGAACUAAAGCCGUUCCAGGAUUAUCGAAAACUGAGCAGCAGCCUUGGGGGACCUGGGUCAUCACGUACUCCCCCAGUUGGAAGGUCUUUCUCUGGCCUCAAUACCCGUCUCAAGGCCCCACCUUCCACCUAUGGUGGAGUCUUCCGCACCCAGCGCAUAGACCUCUACCAGCAGGCUUCCCCACCAGAUGCCCUGCGCUGGAUGCCAAAGCCUUGGGAAUGGACUGGGCCGCAUCGAGAAGGGCCAUCCCAACAUGCAGAGGAGCCUGGGUCGCGAGGGGACAAGGAGCCUGGGUUGCCUCCACCCCGCUGAGGGAGUAGUUCCCUUGUUCCCCACCCCCAGGGCUUGUAUAUAGAUUAUAAAUAUAUAAGGGGGGAGGGGGCGGGGGGAG